AUGACAGACGCCAAUCAGUACAUUAAUUCAAAUUUCGCUUUUCCUAGUGUAAAUAGAUUACUUAUAACAUCACUAGAUGUUAGUAAUAGAAACUUAAUAAAUAAGAUAAAUUUGGGGCCAUCAGAAAAUUUUACUAAUUUAGUUCAACUAAAUACUUCAUCUAAUCAAAUAAAUGGUUUUGCUUUAGGGCAACUACCUAACUUGAAAGUAAUGGAUUUUUCUCAUAAUAUCCUUACUAAUUUCAUAAUGAAAAACAAUUUAUUAUUACCACGCCUUGAAAAUAUUAAUCUUUCUCAUAAUUAUUUAACUAAUGUUGGUCCGGGUUCUAUUAUACUUACUCAUCUUGAUGUCAGCAACAACUUAUUAACUUCUUUAAAUUUAAAUGAUUGUAAGAACUUAAUUACAUUAAAUUGCUCUGGCAAUUCAAAACUUUCGAAUUUGACUUUAAACCCCGCUUUUGACCCUUCCGAUUCAAAUGCUUUCGAUUGCCGGGGGACAGGCCUCA